CUGACUGAUUCUCUCUGCCUGCCUCUCCUCUAACUGACGAUGACUGAAGCCCAGCUAUUUGUCUUACAGGACGAGUUCACCUGCUCACUGUGUAUGGAGACCCUCAGGGACCCCAUCUCGAUCCUCUGUGGGCAUAGUUUCUGUCUGAAGUGCCUCACCAACUACUGGGAUCAAAGCCAAGUGUGCAGCUGUCCUCAGUGCAGAAGGACUUUCACAACGAGGCCUGAACUGCACAUAAACACUCUGCUGAAUGAAGUUGUCAAGAAAUUAAAGAAGAAGGCAAUCGGCCGUCCUCCUCCUCCUCCUCCUCUGUCUCAUAAUUUUGCCGGCCCUGGAGACGUGGAGUGUGACUUCUGUACUGGGAAGAAGCUCAAGGCAAUUAAGUCGUGUUUGACCUGCACAGCCUCCUACUGUCGUACUCACCUGCAGCCUCACUAUGAGGGAGCCAUCUGGAAGGAUCACAGGCUGACUGACCCAGAUGUAAAUCUCAAGGAGAAACUAUGUGCUAAACAUCAGAAAAGUUUGGAAAUAUUUUGCAAAACUGAUGAGAUGUGUAUUUGUGCAAAGUGUGUAGUGACUGAACAUAACAAUCAUAAAAUGGCUGAGUUGGAAAAGGAAAGAGAGGAAAAGCAGAAACAGCUGGAGUCGACACUGAUUGAAAUCUUGGAGAAACUUGAGAAGAGAGAGAAGAAACUCAAGGAAAUGAGGAGAGCAGUGGAGCAGAUGAAGACUUUCGUAUCUCCCUCUGCUCUUCCUGUUGAUGGAGACUUGUUCAGCUUCACUGUCACUGCUGAUCUCUCUUCUGAGGACCUUAGAAAGGAGCUGUCCUGUCUGAAAAAGAGUCUGGAGAAGAUCAGCCAGUGGGACAUCAUGACAACAACUGUACCAGAUUGUGAUGCUCCAGUUUUCAUUCUGCAGUCCCCUGAACCUCAGAGCAGAGAAGAGUUUUUACAAUACUCCUGUCCACUCACACUUGACAUAAACACGGCCCACAGAGGUCUCCGUCUGUCUGAAGGGAACAAGAAGGUGACAUGUGAGAGGGCAGAGACCAAAUAUCCUGAUCAUCCUGACAGAUUUGACUGCUGGUACCAAAUUCUGUGCAGAGAGGCUCUGGCAAGGACUCGCUUUUACUGGGAGGUGGAGUGCAGGGGAGAUGAGAUUGUUAUAGGAGUCACAUAUAAAGGACUCUGCAGAAAAGGAGGAGCCAGGGAGUGCAGCCUUGGCUACAAUGAUAAGUCCUGGUGUUUGUUGUGCUCUCAUUUCCAGUACUCUGUUUAUCACAAUAGCCGGCAGACUGUAAUGAGCUCACCCUACAGCCCCAGAAUAGGCAUAUUUCUGGACUGUCCUGCUGGCUCUCUGUCAUUUUAUAGCAUCUCGCACACAAUGACCCUCCUGCACAAGUUCAACACCUUGUUCACUGAGCCUCUCUAUUUAGGGUUUCGGCUUGGUUGGAACUCAAGUGUAAUAAUUUGCCACCUAACACCAUGUGUCCACUGACCAGUACCCACACUUGAUGUCUACCUUACAUCUCCUUUUUUGUUUUGUAAUUUGGAAUCAAACUUAAUCUCAUAGGAUUGGUGAGGGGAAGCACCACUGUGUCUGCAUUCAGGGAUGAAAAAGCAGGAUGAGUGUUGCUGUCAGUGUCUCCAUUAUUUUUAUGUUUGAAUAAAUCUUUGAGUAGCCAGUCAGGUGUGUGUGUCACAAUGAUGGGCGGUGACACAUCAGUCCUACAUAUACCAUUUUGACUAGCAGGAUUCAUGACUAAAUUUGCUUUAGACUAACACUGCAAAAACUUCUGUGGCCUCUAAGUAUCAUUGAAUGUCACCUAUUAUGACAGACAAAUGUGGUUCUGCUGGAGCUGCACUUAUGAAAAGAACCACGUAGACUAAGUAUCAAGAACCAUUGACAAGUGAAGUUAAUGAGGAGCACAGAGUGCUGUCCUCUCACUAGAUAUUUUUGUACUCCUCCAUUGGUCAUUUAAGGGAAUUAAUUUACUGUGAAUAUCUGAAGACAAGGAUUUACCAGUCAGUAAAAAGUGAGUCAUACUAAUAGAGUUUGGUGUUUCAUUGAGGCACCUGAUAUCACUUUAUACAUUAAAAUGCACCUCCGCUUUCUUGCUCUCAGAUUUGUCAUUAAAACACAAGGAGAUGAUUUCCCGCUCACUAUUGCUGUAAAGUGCCAAACAGACUUGAUACAUGUUAAUAUGUUUUGGCCUAGCCUGACAUCCAGCGCCCUCUGGAACAGGUUUUAUUGAGGAAACUAUUCACUCCCUUUCAAUGAAA